AUGACACGAGAACAGUAUAUACUGGCAACACAGCAAAACAAUCUGCCCAGAACAGAAAACACUCAGCUUUAUCCAGUAGGAAUUUAUGGUUGGCGAAAGAGGUGCCUAUACUUCUUUGUCCUCUUGCUAUUGGUUACCAUGAUUGUUAACUUAGCAAUGACGAUAUGGAUACUGAAAGUAAUGAAUUUCACAGUGGAUGGAAUGGGGAAUCUGAGAGUCACCAAAAAAGGAAUUCGACUUGAAGGUAUAUCUGAAUUUCUACUUCCAUUGUAUGUGAAAGAAAUCCAUUCUCGAAAGGAUAGCCCUCUGGUCUUACAGUCUGACAGGAAUGUAACAGUGAAUGCAAGAAACCACAUGGGACAGUUAACGGGACAGCUGACUGUAGGUGCUGAUGCUGUAGAAGCCCAGUGUAAGAGAUUUGAAGUGAGCUCCAGUGAAGAUGGAAGGGUGCUCUUCUCUGCUGAUGAAGAAGAGAUCGUCAUUGGAGCAGACAGACUGAAAGUCACAGGCACAGAAGGGGCUGUAUUUGAGCACUCUGUGGAGACUCCCCAUAUCAGAGCAGAUCCUUCCCAAGACCUCAAACUCGAAUCGCCAACUAGAUCUUUGAUAAUGGAAGCUCCCAAGGGAAUACAAGUGAGUGCAGCUGCAGGGGACUUAAAAGCCACUUGUAGAAAAGAACUACACUUGCAGUCCACAGAAGGGGAGAUAUUUUUAAAUGCGGACUCAAUCCGACUAGGAAAUCUACCAGUGGGUACUUUUUCCUCUUCCUUCCCGCCAAGCUCAUCAGCAGCUCGACAGACUAUCUAUGAGCUCUGCGUUUGUCCCAAUGGUAAACUUUACCUUUCCCCAGCAGGAGCAGGCUCCACAUGUCAAUCCAGUAGCAACAUCUGCUUGUGGAGCUGA